UGGCGUUGCGGGCUGAUAAACCUCACGAUAUCAGAGAGAACUCCGCAUCGACCAGACACUCCAUUGUAUAUGUCAUUAUCGUUCUGAUAAGCUUCCUGUCGCUUUUUUCCCUGUUUCAAGCAAUUUCUCGUUUUGUUUCCGGAAUGCGCAAUUGUUUUCAGACGCGUUAAUGGCUUCACGUGGAUCUUUGAGCGUUCUCGAAUCCACGAGCUUGAAUGCUUUGAACAAACUCUACGGUCCCCCUCCGCCGUUCAAGAAAAGAAAAUUGGAUCAUGACACCCAGGGAGAAUGGUCUACCUCUCAAUUCACGAUUAGGGUCCAUGACGCUUCUUCAUUUGGCAAAUCACUGACCUUGGAGUCUGUCGUCCUUCUUCCUCGAUCGCGGUUACCUCUAUCAUGGCUGGACGUGUCCUUGGAGAAUCCCGAUAUUCAAGCCGGGCAGCUAUUCAUGGCCAACAUUCCCGACCUCGAAGAUGAUCUAAGUGCACAAAAAGAACCCGUCGUUCUAGUCGCGCGAUUUGGUCAUGAUUCCGGAUUGUGCGUUAUAGAACGGGUAAAACGGGGUAUAUAUGCUGUUUGUAGGUUGGCACGCUGGGUGGAGGAAGGAGACCUGUUCGUCGCUGCGAAGGGGUGGCGUAGGCCUGACGCCUCGACUCAAGAGGCCAGGGACGAAUUCUCCCGGGAUAAUAGCACAUGCGAAUGGUGGGAAGUUGCAAAGAUCGAUGAUAAUGCUGUCUUUGAGUUUGGCUCCUCUGCCAAGGGCAUCAUGCUUGAUGUAUCACUCGUGUUCGACUCAAGAGCAGAGGAUCUCGCGGGCGCCGAAGGUGCAGACGAUUCACAUCUGUCUGUAUCCCAGAGCUGUGAUGUUUUCCAGGAUCGUAAGAAUCAUUCUUCGUCAGAUCUGGCACUCUUGGAAAACAGCUUCGGUGCUUCGCAGGAUGUGCCAACGCCUCCUGAAGAACAAGAGAUUGGGAUACAGCCGUUCCAGUCCACGAGUUUUGACGACGUCGUGGAUAAUAGUACACAAGAUCCAAUGCAGUCGCCGGAUGAACUGCUGGAUGGUCUCAGGCGUCAAUAUCUAGAGGCUCUUUAUGCAUCAAAGACGUCCGUUGCGUACUUUGCAAAAGGUCCUUUGACACGCUGUCGUACGGCGUUUCAAACAUCCAAGGAUGGUUCCGCUAAGGCUGGUGAUCUUAUCAGCUUCUACCGGGAUGCUAUUCUUCCAGUCAAGAAAGUAGACCUGAAAUACAGAGAGACCUUGCCAGCUAUGGUCAAUGAUAUUGCCUUGGCAUCGUCCGAAGACGAAGCCACUUCUAGGACCAAAAAGCGGAAGAGCAAGAAAAAGAAACUAGGCAAAGACGGUCUAUAUCCGGAAGAACAAGACUUUGUCAAAAAGUGGUGGAAGAACCGAAACGUGACCGAAGCUGCAACAUCUGCAGAGCUGAGUAGGGAAGGUGAAGUAAAGCGACGCAUCGCUGAUCUUCGUCUUCGAGAAACUCAACUACAGAUAUUGCUGAUUCUGGAGACGAUUGCUCUCGAGGCAGCUGAGCAGCCUGGUUCAAAAGACGCCCCUGGAAACCAGCCUGACGACGCAGCUAAGAAGGCCAAGUCAAAGAAGCCGCAGGAUUUGAACGUCCUCUUAGAAAUCCUUCUUGACAGGCUCUGCAUUUGGCAUACUGUUAGCUUUGAAGAAGCUGUUGUUGCAGACUCGGUCAAGACCGAUGAGCAGAGCCAUCUUUCAGGGAAGAAGGUGGAAAGCGAUAUACUGCGAGACUUCUGCGCCGAAGUCAUUGUACCAUUCUACGCAGGACGACUUCCAGACCAAUGCAAGUCAAUCGUCAUGAAGCUCGGCGGUCCCAGUGCUGUGUCACCUGUCCGGCCCACGCCUCAGUCGAAGGGUUCUUCCAAACCCCAACCCGGAGCAGCAAUCAAGCGCCCGCAGCCUCACAAGUCACGACGCACGUUACAACGUGUAUUGACAGACGAGCAGGUCGCCUCACAGAAGAAGCCGCCCUCUCUUCUACGAUCCAGCACAGCGCCUUCUGUACAGGAUGCCAAGCGUGAGUCUAUGGAGCCAUUUUUGACGUCAGUUGGAAGCAGCGUGAGGGGCGGUAUCCAGAAACCGAAGCGAGUCGACAACCGUGAGGUCGACCUGAAUGCUGUCGCAAAACAGCACGAGGCGAAGUUGAAGAAGAUGCAUAAACUCAUUGAGCAGAAGAAGGAGCUGGACGCUGCCAUCAACGCUCUGAAGAAACCUAAUCGGGAACUUGUAGCUAAAGACAUUGCUGAGACCGCUGAGAGACGUGUCUCUAGCGGUAGCGCAAGGAAGUCGAAGAAUCCCGUUCGAAACCCAUUGGGUCAAGGCGUGCAAGUCAUGGCUACUCCUAGAGGGUCGAGGAAGAAAGACAUGACUAGUGGACUGCCGCAGCCUAAAAGCUUCGUCCGGUCUUCAGUCAAACAUAAUCAGUCUUCGCCCUUCAGUAGCAACGUGUCUGUUGUACCUGGCUCUACAGUUCGCCCGAGCCACGCCCCAAAGGCCCCUGAGUCGAGCAUGCCAACUCCGAACGUCAGGCAGAAAGAUGACGAUGCUAUCCAGGAGACGCCAUCUCGAGGAAUGUCCAAGCUGUCAAACCCUUUGGUCGCUAUGGUCAAAGAGGGGUCUGAGUCACAACCAAGUUCAAAGUAUUCCGGCAACUUAUUCAAGGUGCCAACCUUACCCCCGCCUCGCUCUGUCAUGGAUGCUGAACCUACCACACCUCUCCCAUCACGACAAUCGAAUGCUCGUACUCUGUUCGAAGAGCUGCCAUUUGGAGGAACACCUUCCGCAAUACAGGAAACACCACCGAGACAAGGCGCGCGAGGGCCUCUUGUCCUGGAAGAUGUGGCGCCCUCUUCUCCUGCCCCUGUACUGGAUACUCCGGUGAAGAGUGGCCCGCGGCGUCCUGCAGUUAACCCGCCUAAUAUCCCUGUGACACCUGAUAAGUCUAUCUACGCGCAGUUAGGCUGGGAUGAUGAUGAAUUAGCAUUUUAACGAGAGGCGCAUGGAAUUGGUUUCAGUUUUAGCAAUUGCAUUCUCUGGCGUUGAAUCUGGUUGAUAAAGAUGAAUAGAGCAUUGACUCGCUGCAUCUUGCUCUAUACCAUCAUAUCCUCUUGUGGGAUGGAAAUGUUUGUUUAACUUCAUGAAGCGGAAAUGACGCCUAUAGCAAUAGCUUUUGAUAGAAUACAAGCGAAGAUCGUUAUUACUUGAUGACCAAGCUUUCCGAAUAUAGAAACAACUCUCUUCUUCCCCUGCAUUUUCUAUUUGAGAGAGCAUG